CUUACUGAAGUACGGUAACAAACAUAGCAAGAAAUAACAACAACAAACAUGUGUUUUCAACAAAAGUAAAAUACCGUACCAAGUCGAGUGAUUAAUAAAAAUAUGCGUCGCAUCUGCUCCCACCGGAAGGACAACGAAGUUACUGAGAGCUCGAUUGACGAUUCGCCACAAAGAAUUUGGUCCUUCUAAGUCGACGGCGAACAGUAUUCGCCCUGCUCUUGCGUAGAAGACAAAAAUAUGUGGUGCUCCUACGUGAACAAUGGAGCUGUUUGCAGGCUUGAGGAUCCGGCGGAACGUGCGGAAGAGAAGCCAGUACAGCUAAGCCUCGGAGCCGAGCAUGGUAUCUUGUUGUCCGACCAGUUAUGGAUUUCUUGCUAUGCUUGUUACGGUACUUUAGUAAGAAGCUCGGCUCUUUGUCUUUAGGAAGGAACUUUGCAUUGGGAGUGUUAGAUUUAGACAACUACGACAGGUGUAGUCGUGUUUUUGGCUCUUCAUUAGCCACUAAAGUCUGCUGGUUUACCUAGUUGGCCCACACCUAACCUAACGUAGACAACUACAACAUGGUACCUGUCGCUCGCAGAUCAAACACUGUGGAAUAGCCGAGUCGUAGAAAACCGAGUACCGAAAAAUAGGAAAAUUGAUAGGUAUCAUUUAAGAACUACAACUGUAAGUUGGAGAGCUGAAGCUAGAACCAUCUUCGACCAUGCUACAUGGUUCGCGAGAUUCACUGUAUCACAGCGACGCUUCUAAUUCUUGGCCGGGUCUACACGUGGGGCGACAAUCGAUACGGGCAGUUGGGCAGACGAUGCGUGAAUUACGGACCACAGCUUUUACUAGUUAUUAGUCAAAUUCCUUCUCACGUAUUUGAAAAAGAAGUUCAAGUGUUUAGAAACCAAAGUCUAAGUCAAGUUUUUAGAAACAGGUAGUUUGACCAAAGUCUAAGUCAUGCGAGAUGAAGGCGGUCGCGCCUUUGUGGUGGGACGGACGAAUGAGUUGGGAGACAAAGAGGCUGUGCAGGUUUGCGCUGGGAAGCAUUUUUGCCUAGUACUUUGCGCAAUGGGCGAAGUCUAUGCUUGGGUUAAGGCCUUUCUUCACCAUAUUUUGUGAUUGUGACCUACACACCAUCUAUCUUUAAGUUCCAUAGUACCAGCCACCUUGCUUCUAAGUUCAAUGAGGGUAGUACCAAUGGCUUCUACUCUUACGGUACCAGUAUUAAAGUAAGUAAUCUCUUUGAAUUAAAAACGUCACUUCCUAGUUAGGUUGGCUCCACCACUGGCAUUGGUGGCAGCUAUCUUUGGGGUAAGUACCAUAGAAUGCCCUUUGUUCUAAUGAGAGCCGCAACAAGCAGGGUCAAUUGGGUUUAGGCCAUUAUAGGGACACGUGCAAACCGACGCUAAUGACGGUUUUUCUUACGGCAAACAUUGUGGUUCUUGAUCCCCGAGUGAUCGAUCCCCUGCUCUUCUUUUUUCUGCUUAAAAUAUGGAUUUUGAUUUUCGAUAAUAGAAGUUGUGAUGAGCCGCUGCAAAUAGAAGCCGCAACUAGAAGAUUUGUGUCCGAAAUAAGAAACAAAAUGAAAUUAAGACUAUGUUUUUCGGUCAUCCAAAGUUGGUGGACUUUCAUUUUACGUAGUGAGGAUCCGAGUAACAAUGUUGUGCGCAUUGGUGCUGGGGUGACUAGUGCUUUUGCGGUGACCCGAGAAGGCAGCGUUUAUCAGUGGGGAAGCAUGCUUCAAAAUUGGGCAGACAGCGGACUUAGGAAUGGAAUACGUAAUAUAUGUGUUUCUAGAUUAGAAGACAGCACUUUUCUAUAGCGGAAUAGAAACAGGUUUUUUCAAUUGUGGACUUCAUGUUUCACCUUACACGAUACUCUAGUGUGAUUCUCUAAGUUUUCAACCGCGGGUGGCCCUGCGCCACCACGAUGUACGCCGCUUUGUGUGAUGCGAAGGGAUGGCCUUACACGUGGCGGGUCUCGCGGAUUCAGCGUUUUUGAGGCAGACGGGCGUGUCGGAAAAAGCAUUUUACGGGGUGUCAUUUAUUUACUACUAGGUUGGUUCGCGGCUGUCCUCGACGCACCACUUUCUUCGUUCGUACGGGCAUGUUAAGACCGCGUCUUUUACAUCCAAUAGUACUUUAUCAUCUCAAUCCGAAGCCGAACUAUGAUGUCGUACAUUAUGAUCUAAGCAAAAGCAACGAGGCCGUUUUCCGUGAACAGCUAGCUCAUGCAAGGCAGUGCCAGGCGACACUGGGACAAUUGAAGCAUGUAUUGGAGGAGCAAGUAAAAAUGCAGAAGAUACAGGAGUUAGCUGAGAAGACUGCCUUAGCUGCGCAGACGGGGAAUCCUGCGAGUAACAAAAAUUAAGGCAAGUUACAAAAUAAAUUGUGAGUAAUACAAUGAGCGGUGAACAAUCGAUAUGGAAUAGAAAAGCUGUCACUACUUCUUUUUUGGGAAUAUGGUUUUAUUAGUACUCAGGUAGGAUCAGUGGUACUACAGUUUAAUAUUAGGGUCGUUCUCACACUCACAAACAAGAUGCUCAACAUCGAUCAUCUUCUAAGAUCAGCAGCAGAAAGCGGGCGUUGCUGAAUUGAAUAUUUUGAAUUUGAGCCUAGAGCAGGAAGUGGCGCAGAUUGACGACACAAUUUCAGUUCGAAAGCAGGAGUUCGACGAAAGCACACAGAUGCUGGCACAUCUUCGAGAGCAGUUGCACAAAUUAGACACGCAGACGGUGACUUUGGGGGACCAACUUGACGCAUUGACCGUUUUGGCGGUGCAAGCAAGUGGCAUUGAACAGCGAAAACUCCAGGAGAGAGUCGACCGCGUGCAGGAAUAUCAAGACGCAAACAGCAAUGCAAAAUUGGCUAUUCUCGAUCAACGCGGUUCGGUGGAGAAGAAAAUUAAGGAACGACCUUCAAAACGUCAGACGAUGUUUCUCAUCAGGUGUGCAGCCGUAGUAGAAAGUUACUGCAACUUUGACUGUUCUUUCAGAAGUAUAAGAGGUUGGCAAAGCUUUAAGAAAUGAGUCGCUGCUCAGGUUGCGUUGGAAGCUUCGAUGAAACAGAAAGAAGAACUGCAGUUGAGGAGAAAGCUAGUGCACGAUUUUGGGCGUGAAAUGCUCCUCGGACAAGGUCAGCCACCGAUUUUGGCUUUCGUUAUUAUGUUUCAAUUUUACAAGAACCGUUGAGUAAUCCAGGGGAUACUCCGUGACGAGGUCGCAAAAAUUCUAGUACUGAGCCAAGGUCAAGAGCCGAUUUCUAAUCUCCCCAAUCAAUUGGUGAAGUUAACGAAUGCUCUGGAUGAGAAAUCUGAUCUUUGGGAUGAGGUCGCUCCUGAAAGCUACGAGGCCUUUGUCUCGCAGCGUGGGCGACUAGCUGAACUCGAGGGCGUCGAACAAAGUGCCAGGAGUGGCGUCUCAGCUCUCGAUGCUGCAACGGAAACGGAGGAAAUCACCAGGCAGAUGUUUUUGGGACUGUUGAGUGCCCUAAAGGAAUUCCUACACCUCUUCAAGAAGCGAUGGGACAAACAAGAUUUAUGAUUGGACUUUUGACAUUUCGUUCAUGCUAAUUAAGUACAACUCAAGCUUCAUUGAUAUCCACCCUAGCACGGCUCUAAUCUCCGUGGACAUGAGCAGGUUCUUCGAUUAGCUUGAGCAGGUUCUUCGAUUAGCUUCCCAGGCGGAGAUGUGAUAUUCGAAGAAGCGGUGCGACAACAUUUUCAUGUAGAUGAAAUAACCACGACAGGUUGAGGUAGGAUGAUUCCUUUUUUUCAGGAUUCCUUUAGCAACAACCGAGGAGAAGGGAGUUACAGAUCACGAGGAAGAAAGUUGUAAUUGUUGAGGGUUUAGAUGAGUAUAACGUCUCGUCGUAUAAUGGACCAAUUGAGAGUGAAUAAACAUGCACAGAUGAAGUUGCGAACUACUUGCACAGAUUGUGUCAAAGUAGAUGUUCUGCAC